AUGAUCAAAGGUACAUUCUUGGAACUAUUUAGCAUGAUUAUCAAUUUUUUUUUUUUUCCAUUUCAGUUUUACUCUCCAAUUCUCUUUUUUCUCCCUUUCCUUGCCUUUCUCUUGUUUUCCCUUUUCUCACCUUCAUUUUUUCUCCCUUUCCUUGCCUUUCUCUUGUUUUCCCUUUUCUCACCUUCAUUUUUUCUCCCUUUCCUUGCCUUUCUCUUGUUUUCCCUUUUCUCACCUUCAUUUUUUCUCCCUUUCCUUGCCUUUCUCUUGUUUUCCCUUUUCUCACCUUUCAUUUUUUUCUCCUUUCCUUGCCUUUCUCUUGUUUUCCUUUUCUCACCUUCAUUUUUCUCCUUUCCUUGCCUUUUUCUUGUUUUCCCUUUUCUCACCUUCAUUUUUUUUUCCCUUUUCUUGCCUUUUCUUCUUUUCCCUUUUCUCACCUUCAUUUUUUCUCCCUUUUCUUGCCUUUCUCUUCUUUUCCCUUUUCUCACCUUCAUUUUUUCUCCCUUUUCUUGCCUUUCACUUUUUCUUGCUUUUUUUCCUCCCUUUCCUGUUUUUCCUUUUUCUCACCUAUCUCUCUCUUCUUCUUUUUUCACAUUCCUCUCUUCUUUUUUCACAUUCCUCUCUCUUCUUUUUUCAUACCAUCCUCAUUUUUCCUUUUUUUUUUUUUUUUGCCUUUCUCCUUUUUCUUGCCUUGUCCUCAACUUUCUUUUUUUUUUUUUUUUUUCCCUCGCCUUUCUCCUUUUUCUCUCUCUUUCCUUCGCCUUUCUCUUUCCUUUCCUCAUCUUUCUUCUCUCAUCACUCUCUUAUCCAAACUUUCCUGGAGGCUAA